CCCCGGGGCGGGGGGCGGGGUGGGCUCCGGCGGCGCGAUGCGGGGCGUCGUGGAGCUGCUGCUGCUGGGCGCUGCGUGGCUGGCAGGCCCGGCCCGCGCGCAGAAUGAGACCGAGCCCAUCGUGCUGGAGGGCAAGUGCCUGGUGGUGUGUGACUCCAAUCCCACGUCCGAUCCCACUGGCACAGCCCUGGGCAUCUCCGUGCGCUCCGGCAGCGCCAAGGUGGCGUUCUCUGCCAUCCGUAGCACCAACCACGAGCCGUCUGAAAUGAGUAACCGUACCAUGAUCAUCUACUUCGACCAGGUGCUAGUGAACAUCGGGAACAACUUUGAUUCCGAACGCAGCACUUUCAUCGCCCCACGCAAAGGGAUCUACAGUUUUAACUUCCACGUGGUGAAAGUCUACAACAGACAGACUAUUCAGGUGAGCCUGAUGUUAAACGGGUGGCCGGUGAUUUCAGCCUUCGCUGGGGACCAGGACGUGACCAGGGAGGCCGCCAGCAACGGAGUCCUAAUCCAAAUGGAGAAAGGCGACCGAGCAUACCUCAAGCUGGAGCGGGGAAACUUAAUGGGGGGCUGGAAGUACUCGACCUUCUCCGGAUUCCUCGUAUUUCCCCUCUGACUGGCUCCUAACCGGGAUGGAGGCCGGGAGAGGGCAAAGGCAGGCGGGCGAGAGACAAAGACUGAAAGUAAGAAGGCCAGAAAGCCGCACCGCUUGGAACUUCCCACUCGUUCCCCACCCUCGUCGGGUAAUCAGGUGCGCACCGGCGGUUGGACGACUUGGUGUGUUUCCUUGUUAGAAGUAAAUUCUGCUUAGCUCUGCGCACUCCCGUUUCCAAAAAUAAACUCAACUCGCCUCCCCCAAUCCAGUUGCAGUAAUCAAGAAAAGAGACUGCCUUGUCAUUGUUUCUUACUCCCAUGCUCAUGUUCCUAGCGAUUUAUUUAAAAGAAACUUUGUAUUUAACUAUAUAAUGUGAAAUAUUUCCUCUGUCCUCCCCUCUGAAUCCUUCCACGUACUGAAGUCCAAUCAUUUUCCUUCCCCUUUUUCAGUUUGGAGAGGGGAUGAGUUUUUUGUUUUGUUUCCGAAUGGGGAAAGUAGUUUAAAUCUGACAAGUAUUGCUCUUCUUAAAACAUUUCGAGUUAAUUAGCUGAAGAUAUGUUGUAUCCUCAGCUGCCCGUUAGCCAAGAAAGGACUCACCUUACUGGUGACUGAUUUAAAAUAUACAUAAAUAUAUAUCAUUUGUACACAAAGAACUCUUCGCAGUGGAAACUGGCUGUGUUCCCGUUAUUUCUGUGUCCUGUUCGGAGUGGUCGUGAGUCUAAGGCUGCUUGGUGUUCUGAUGCUUGUCAACGCCCUCGUACUCUGUGGCCCUGCUAACCGCCCAGGAGGAUCAUCCGGACACGUCCUCUUUCCCUGUACCAUAUGUGUGAAUAGCCAAGAUUUAAUUUUGCGUUAAUCCAAUAAAGUCAAAGCGGGACUUUUAUUUUUCUGAAACAGCUUUCUGAACUCCGCAUCUUCCCAGGCUUCAAUGGUGAAGCUGGGGACUGAGGGUGCCCAGGGCGAGGCUGAGAGAGGCAGGACUCAUCAACUCCACCAGGAAGGCCGGGCGCAAAGGCCGGCGUGAAACUGGUUUGAGCUCCUGCCUUCGCCAGGCCUGUGCAGGCCUGCUUCGGCUGUGCACCCUGCUUUGUUUGGCACAAACCUAAGAAAUGGGGCUCCCGGCUUGGGAGUGAAGUUUGGGUUUUUCGGAUUCCAAAUGCAUAGGAAUCGUUCCUAUUCAGAAACCCAAAACCAGCCUGCCCGAGUGGCAGCUUCCCUGCGCCUUCUGCUCCUGGAUGUCCCCCAACCUCGUCUGCUCUGCAAUUCCUGAAGCAGCGUAUGUUUUAUACCAAUGCCUCUGAAUCCCGAGUACCCUGCCAAUGACCCAGCACCCUGGACCUGUGAUCGCACUCAUUUGCAGGACUUUUAUUGGAGAGGUUCCAGAGGAGUUUUGAUUGUAUCGGAAUAUAAUGUGAAAGCAAAAUUGAAAUAAACGACUUUGUUUUAAGUCUGGAA